GCCGCGCCCCGCUCCCCCGCCCGCCGCCCGCAGGCUCGGGCUUCCGUCCCGGCGGUGCCAGUGCCCGCGGCCGCGCAGAUGCAAGCUCGCUGAGAGCAGUGGCCUUGUGUGGCUUGUUCAACGCUGUACUCCAAAGACCUGAAACUGUGCCUGGCUUACCAAUCUUCAGAGGUCCUGAAUGAUGACUGACGCGGGUUGGUGUGAUAUCCCUCACGGUCCCUGUCAUUCCCCAGUGAUAAGGGACGCGCAAGUCUAGCCCCAGCACCAGGGUAAAAAGAAGGGGAAAAAAAGAAAGAAAAAGCAGCUCUAGGAGGAGGAAAGCUUCCGCUUGCGAACCGGACAAAAGUACCGCCUUCCCACGGGUUUCUGGGUGAGGCUAAGGCUCCAGACUCGCCGGGUCCUGCUCGCCGGCCGCUCUCGCCGGCAGAUGGUGUGUGGCCGCCGCCGGACGCCCGCCGCGCCCCGGCCAUGAAGUAGCGGCCGCUGCCGACGCGGCCCCAGCGCUGCGCUGCCGGCUCUCCCGGCGGGGCCGGAGCGGCGUGGACAUGGCUGGCGUUCGGAGCCUGCUACUUCUCCUCCUCGUGUUUCCAAGCAGCUGCCCGGGGUUCAGAAGCCCACUUUCUGUCUUUAAGAGGUUUAAAGAAACUACCAGAUCAUUUUCCAAUGAAUGUCUUGGUACCACCCGACCAGUAACUCCUAUCGAUUCAUCUGAUUUUGCAUUAGAUAUUCAAAUGCCUGGGGUCACACCUAAACAGUCUGAUACAUACUUCUGCAUGUCAAUGCGUUUGCCAACAGAUGAGGAAGCAUUCGUGAUUGACUUCAAACCUCGUGCCAGCAUGGAUACUGUCCAUCAUAUGUUACUUUUUGGAUGCAACAUGCCUUCGUCCACUGGAAGUUACUGGUUUUGUGAUGAAGGAACCUGUAUAGAUAAAGCCAACAUCCUGUAUGCCUGGGCAAGAAAUGCUCCCCCUACCAGACUCCCCAAAGGUGUUGGAUUCAAAGUUGGAGGAGAGACUGGAAGUAAAUACUUUGUACUACAAGUACACUAUGGGGACAUUAGUGCAUUUAGAGAUAAUCACAAGGACUGUUCUGGUGUGUCCUUACAUCUCACACGCCUGCCACAGCCCUUAAUUGCUGGCAUGUACCUUAUGAUGUCUGUUGACACUGUUAUACCAGCAGGAGAGAAAGUGGUGAAUUCUGACAUUUCAUGUCAUUAUAAUAAUUAUCCAAUGCAUGUCUUUGCCUAUAGAGUUCACACUCAUCAUUUAGGUAAGGUAGUAAGUGGAUACAGAGUAAGAAAUGGACAGUGGGCACUGGUUGGACGCCAGAGCCCCCAACUGCCACAGGCUUUCUACCCUGUGGAGCACCCAGUAGAUGUUAGUUUCGGUGACAUAUUAGCAGCAAGAUGUGUAUUCACUGGUGAAGGAAGGACAGAAGCCACACACAUUGGUGGCACAUCUAAUGAUGAAAUGUGCAACUUAUACAUUAUGUAUUACAUGGAAGCCAAGCAUGCAGUUUCCUUCAUGACCUGUACACAGAAUGUAGCUCCGGAUAUGUUCAGAAACAUACCACCAGAGGCCAAUAUUCCAAUUCCUGUGAAGUCUGAUAUGGUUAUGAUGCAUGGACAUCACAAAGAAACAGAGAACAAAGAUAAGACUUCUUUACUUCAACAGCCAAAACAAGAAGAAGUGUUAGAACAGGAUUUCCAUGUAGAAGAGGCGCUGGACUGGCCUGGAGUAUACUUGUUACCAGGCCAGGUUUCUGGGGUGGCUGUGGACCCUAAGAAUAACCUGGUGAUUUUCCACAGAGGUGACCAUGUCUGGGAUGGAAACUCUUUUGACAGCCAGUUUGUUUACCAGCAAAGAGGACUUGGGCCAAUUGAAGAAGACACUAUUCUUGUCAUCGAUCCAAAUACUGCGGCAGUACUCCAAUCCAGUGGGAAAAAUCUGUUUUACUUGCCACAUGGCUUGAGUGUGGAUAAAGAUGGAAAUUACUGGGUCACUGACGUGGCUCUGCAUCAGGUGUUCAAACUGGAUCCGAACAGUAAGGCAGGCCCUCUGCUAAUCCUGGGAAGGAGCAUGCAACCAGGCAGUGACCAGAAUCACUUCUGUCAGCCCACCGAUGUGGCCGUGGAUCCAGACACCGGAGCCGUCUAUGUGUCAGACGGUUACUGCAACAGUCGGAUUGUGCAGUUUUCUCCAAGUGGAGAGUUCAUCACACAGUGGGGAGAAGAAUCUUCAGGGAGCAAUCCCAAACCAGGCCAGUUUACUGUUCCUCACAGCUUGGCCCUUGUGCCUCAUUUGGGUCAAUUAUGUGUGGCAGACAGGGAAAAUGGUCGGAUCCAGUGUUUUAAAACUGACACCAAAGAAUUUGUGCGAGAGAUUAAGCAUGCAUCAUUUGGAAGAAAUGUAUUUGCAAUUUCAUAUAUACCAGGUUUGCUCUUUGUGGUGAAUGGGAAGCCUCACUUUGGGGACCAAGAACCAGUACAAGGAUUUGUGAUGAACUUUUCCAGUGGGGAAAUUAUAGACAUCUUCAAGCCAGUGCGCAAGCACUUUGACAUGCCUCAUGAUAUUGCUGCCUCUGAAGACGGGACUGUGUACGUUGGAGACGCUCACACCAAUACCGUGUGGAAGUUCAUCACAACUGAAAAAAUGGAACAUCGGUCAGUUAAGAAGGCUGGCAUUGAGGUCCAGGAAACCAAAGAAUCCGAGGCAGUUGUUGAAACCAAAAUGGAGAACAAACCCGCCUCCUCAGAAUUGCAGAAGAUACAAGAGAAACAGAAACUGAUCAAAGAGCCAGACUCCGGAGUGCCUGUUGUUCUCAUUACCACCCUUCUGGUUAUUCCGGUGGCUGUCCUGCUGGCCAUUGCCAUGUUUAUUCGGUGGAAAAAAUCAAGGGCCUUUGGAGCAGAUUCUGAACAUAAACUCGAGUCAAGUUCAGGAAGAGUGCUGGGAAAACUUAGAGGGAAGGGAAGUGGAGGCUUAAACCUUGGAAAUUUCUUUGCGAGCCGUAAAGGUUACAGUCGCAAAGGGUUUGACCGCCUAAGCACCGAGGGCAGUGACCAAGAGAAAGAUGAAGAUGACGGCAGUGAAUCGGAAGAGGAGUAUUCGGCACCGCUGCCCCCACCCGCCCCUCCCUCCUCCUGAGCGCCCGGCUUUGGUCUGGUUGAGGAGAUGUACCAAGAAUGCCCGAUUCUUUUCCCUUUCGCACGUUAGAGUUUUGUGUGUUUAAUUGUAAACUGUACAAGUCUGUGUGGGACUGUACACAUUUUAUUUACUUCAUUUGGGUUUAGUUGGCCUCUGUUUCUAGUUGAGGAGUUUCCUACAAGUACAUAACAGUGCCAUGGUCUUUCUAUAUGGGCAUAGACUAGAGAAACAGCCCUCUUCUUCCAUCACACUACUAAUUUAUGAUGGAAGGCUUGCUCAUUUACAUUUCUGAGACUUUUCUGUAGAUGUAAAUAAGCCCACUCUGCUUGAACACAGUAUUUUCCCAAUAGCGCUUCCAUUGCCAAUGUCUUUCUUUGGUGCCUUUCCUGUUCAGCAUUCUCAGCCUGAUGACAAAGCUGCUAAAUCUCCUAUUUUUUUAAAAUCACUAGCAUUAUAUUGCAACAAGGGAAAGAAAAAAGUCUCUAUUUAAAUUCUUUUUUUAAAUUUUCUUCUUCAGUUGGUGUGUUUUUGGGAUGUCUUAUUUUUAGAUGGUUCCACUGUUAGAACACUAUUUUCAGAAUCUGAAUGUAACUUGUGUAAUAAAGUGUUUUCAGAGCAUUA